UGAUGAAUUGAUGAAACAGGUACAACGAAAUAGAAUGAUCAGGAGGAUCUCAGUCGAAAGUUCGAUCAGGUCAAGUUUCUAAAGGAUCAGCCAGAUAUUUGCACAUUCUACAAAGCCACAGACCCAGGCUUACGAGAUGCAAGUAGGCAGUGUAGAGAACAACGGCAGCUUGUUCGGGCCGACCGAACCCCUCUCGUUCACUCGACCGACCGGGACCGCCUUGCGUAAGAACAAGACGAUCCAGAGCUGUACGGCAUGCAGGAAGAGAAAGAACAAGUGUGAUCGAGUGUUCCCCUGUGGAGCUUGUAAGGUAAGGAACGAGGCACAUCUCUGCGUCGAACAUGUCAAAGAACCUCUUAACAGACCCACAGGUUACACCCACGUAUCCGACACGUCUAUCCUGUCAAAUCGUAUCGUCCAGCUUGAACUCGUCAUCUCCAGGCUUCUCAAGCGGGUAGAUGACCCAGUCGUAUACACGGACUUGUUACACCAUUUUGAAGGGCCAUUACCGAUAUUCCGUCCCAAUGAUAGUGUUGGAGGACAAGGUUCAGGGUCGGGAGACACCAAGAACAACGAACAGAAUAACAGAUCGAGAUCGGACGAUAACAAAGCUGGAACGCACGUCAGGUUCGAUCGUUCGCGGCACGAUUCUAGGUCGGACACGGAGCAGGAGCAGGAUGAAGGGCCUGGCUUCGUAUCAGAGGCUGGGGUCAAUUACGGCUACGGUCAGGGGAUGGAGCGGAAUUUGGAAGCGAUGUUGCAAGAUCAGGGGGUGCCCGGUCCAGGGGAAAUCUUGAUUAUGGCACGCCGCACAGUACCGAGUCAAGCGAAUACCACAGGGCAUGAUAAUCAUCAAGAUCACAAUAGGCAAGGAACUUCGCUUAUGCAGCCGCUUCCAUUGAAGGAUAGUCAAGCUGAUGGUAUCGUUGAUUGGUCCUCGACGCUGGAUAUCGAUUACAACAUGGACCCGAAUCUAUCUUAUCAGCCAGGAAAGUCCGUCUUCCCUAGCCCGCUAGAUACGUACGGACCUCUGGACCCGUCCUUGACGCUCCCACUCCGGGGUGGUCUUGAUCAGACAGAAGAAAAUGGACGUCUGAUUCGGACCGAGAACCCCGGGAGUACGAUUGAGCCAGUACCUCGACCAUUUUCCGCCGUACAGCGUCCUGCCUCACCGCAGCCUGACACGCAUUACGCCCUGCAGUCUCAAAGUCGGGAUGUCAUAAGCAGAGCUCCAAGUGAGAACAUGCACAUGGCAGCGCUGGCUCUGGAAGACAUAGCCUUUGGUCGGACAGUGAACACUCAUCGCGAAAUCGGGUCGACUGGUGGUCACCUCAAUCAUGAUCACCAGGACGAUCGGAUGGACGAGCAGGACCAGAUCCUCGCCGACGGUUCUGCGCGAGAACGCGAUACGCCUCGCAGUCAAACACGUUCAGCACACCAAGAGCGAGAUUUUGGAUCACCGCAACGACAAAAGCAGACACGACCGGCCCAUAAGCCGCCGCGUGUUGGUCCUCUGAAAUCCCUCGAUACGAUCGAUCUCCUACCUCGACCAGUAAUUGCGGAUUACAUCAUUCAAACAUAUCUGGAUGACGGAGAAUAUGCCACCAAGUGCCUGCAUCGACCGACGUUCGAGGCUGAUUACAAAGCGGUCCGUCCGAAACUUUCUCGGCGAGAGCAAUUCUCGCACUCGGACCUUGCCUUUAUCGCUCUUUACGCCGCAUGUCUUUGCACUGGCGUGCAAUUCCUGUCGGAUGACGCAUACCGAGAUUUAGGAUGGGAUAGGUCCGAUGGAGUGGAUCUCGCUCAACGGUCCUGGCAAGUGGUCCGUAGCGCGUUAGAAGCGUCAGACUGGAUGCGGAUACACAGCAUUCAUGCCGUGCAGGCAAUCAUCGUGUCUGGCCAAUUUCUAGCAUCCACCGGACGUCAAGAGGAGCAUUGGACCAUGCUGGGAGUGGCCAACAAGAUAGCCUUCUCAUUGGGACUGAACAAGCUCGGCUCAGAACAACCAUGCCUUUCGCCGACGGGAACGCCUUUGGGUCUCAUGCAAUCUGCUGUGGAGCGCUACCCGCAUCUCGUGGAUCGAGAGAUCGGAAGGCGGGUGUGGCUUCAUCUCCUUGACGCGGAUUGGCUAUUCGCCAUGGAGCAUGGCUACAAUUAUAACAUCAGCGAUGAGAUCAAUCAGUCAGCGUUGCCAGCGAAUGUGAACGAUAGCGAUCUACGUAACGAUCGGCCAUUGGUCCCAGCUCCGAGAGAAACACAUACAGAGAUCUCUUACGUCCUGCUUAAAUUCGAGAUGAUACAGCCACUACAAGACUUGAUUCAUCAAGUGAACCGAUGUGGCCGGUUGCGAUACGACUUCAUCAGGCAGGCGAACGAAAGGCUUCUUCAGAUCAUAGAAGCGAGACCAAAAUGGUGCAAGGAAGACGUGCCUUGCUCGGACGCAGAAGAGUUGGUUGCUAUUCGACGAUCUGCAUCCAGUAUAGAAAACGCUACACAUCUCCGCAAGCUUCGGAUACAUCGACCAUACUUUACGGAAUCUUGCCGCGAACCUCGAUAUCUACUCACCAAACAUGCGUGUAUCACGAGCGCGACCGCUCUGAUCAACAAUGCUAGCAGUCACUCAGCGGGCACACGAUACUGGGCCGAAAUUUAUGGAGUAUUGACAGCUACCAUUCUCUUUGUGACAUACAUGACCCGCGCGCCCUGGCAAGAACUGCCGGAAGUCAAAGAGGGCAUUGAGAAAGGUUUGAAGCGGAUAAUGGAUGCGUCUGAUCAUCUGGAUGUCGGACUCGGGGCUGCAGCAUUAGCUCUUCGCGCAUAUUUCGACGAGCUCUGUCAUAGAAGAUGUUCUUCGGAUCAGACACGCAAGCGAGGGUCUGAUGAGGGGCCUUUAGAAGGCGAACCCAUGGCUAGCCGGCGAAGACUGGGACAGGAGCCGACAACCUUGAACAACGAAUUGGAGGAAACAAACUACGACAUGGGGCUUCAGUUUCCACUGGACUUCGAGCAGCUCUUUCAGGCAAUGUUCGAUGAUGGUACAGAAUUUUGUAGCCAGACCGAGCUCAUGGAGAUGCUGAACUCGGCGGUGUAAGACGCGAUUUUUAGGUGAAUCGCCUGGAUUGUACAGAAAAUUUAGCUACAACAUGCGAGCAACCCAUUACGACAGAUAACUCGAGCAAGGAGAAUGAGCUCGAACAGUCUCUGGAUGCUUCAUACAACGUUCUUCUUGGGAUACAACUCCGGCAUUUGACCGGUCUCAAUUCU